AGACGCUUUAAAUGUUAGUUUAUGUUACUGUUGUUGUUCCCUUAGUUGUUUGCAGUCGAUUAAAUGACACCGGUGUAAGCGAAAGCCAAAUGCACACAUAGAAUAACCUGCUGAGUGCUAAGAAAGGAUCGCAACGAUGCCAGUUCGUUUUAAGACUGAUUCUGAGUACAGGCGUAGUUUUAAAUGGAAUGAUUCAUACCAUGGUGCAACACCAACAAAAGAACAACUUCAACCUGUAGCAGGCUUAUCCUCUGCAGACUUGGGCCAGUACAGUGGGGGCAUGUACGGCAUACCCACAGAACCACCGCUGCAGAGAAAGAAAAAGCCCAUCCCUCUCACAACCACAGCCACCACUAAAUACAUCAACGGAGAGUAUGAGCCAUCAGGGCAGCGGGUAGAAGACGAGUACACGCUGAUAGGUGAUCAGACCAAGUUUGGUCAAAGCAUUAAGUACAGGAACUUGAAGAAUGAUCGACGAAAGGCCUUGGCCAAGACUUUCAAUGUUGGAGGAAAAAGACAAGCUGCCAGACUUAAAAAUGGCACCAGUUCAGAUGAGCCUGGGCCAGCCCCAGCACCCAAGGUCAAUGUGGACACAGGGAAACCAAGGGUGCCACCUGCUCCAGCAAUAAAAUCUGCACCACCACCACCGCCACCCACGAAAUUCAAACCCCCACCACCGCAAAGACCGCCCCCACCAAAAGUCCAGAUUGAUACUGGAAAGAAAGAGCCACUGAGGGAAAGGAGGGAAGGAAUGAUGAACGAGUUUGUGCAGACUGAUAUGGAGAAAGGGGUCGCUGAUUCUGGACAGGAGGUUCCUCCGGAUUAUGCCAUGAAGUACAGAGCAGGGGUACCGCCACCCCGGCCGAAGAACCCAAAGAGGGUCUCUGAAUACCAGAAAGAGUUCAGCUGGAAGAAACCUGUGGAGUCAGUGCCAUUACUGCAAGCUGAACAGGUUGUAUACAACAGCAGUAUGGAUCUUCCCCCUUACAAGAGUGAUAACAUUCCACGCACAACAGAAUACAACAACCAGUUCAAACCCUGGACAGACUUUUACAAACCAGUGGAACCAAAGAAAACUGAGAAUGGACCAGAGGGAGGAAGAAAGAAACACAAGAUGAAGAGAAGUAAAAGUGAAGCAGAACUCAGGUUAAGUCCUGACAAGCGUCCCCCUGCUGGGAUACACCAGGUCACCUCUCCUGAUGACAAGAGACUGGUCAAAGAGUCCCUCAACCCACAGAGGAUAUUUUUCCCACACGGAAAAUACAGAAAUUAUCGUUCAGAGUACCACAGCAAUUUCAGGCCCCCAUGGAAAUAUACCUAUGAAGAUGGAGCCUGGAGAGGUGCAAACCCUCCUCAUAUCAUGCCAGUAAAGGAAAAUGAAUCAGACCCAGAGGCGGGACAGCAACCUCCUCCCCCCUCCCCUGGUGCCAACUGGUUUGCUGAGGUGGUAGAACUGAGGAAGAAGGCGGAGGAGUACAGGAAGAGAGCGCAGGGAACACAUUUCUCCAGGGAACACCUAGCACAAUUGCUGGCCCAGCAGGCAGAACUGUGGGAUCAAGUCAGCGAGAGCAGCACCCUGUCUGCACUGUCUCUGGAACAGCCAGCUAAGAAGCACAGGAGAAAAGAAAACAAAGAGAAUGAGCAACCUCGAGAGUCCAAGAGAACUGCUCCUCCUCCUCGACCUCCCCCACCUCAGGGAUCUGAGCCAGUCAGAAGGAAAUUAGCCUGGGAGAAGAGUGAAGAAGAUGAGAGAGCUUCAGGAAUUGGGUCAAUAGCAAGUCCAGAGGGUACACUAACGUCAGGCUCAAUGUCUGACACUGAAGGUACCCUUGGGGCAGAUGACGAUGAUGAAGGUAGAAUUCCUACUCCUCGGCUCAGAGUGGAACAGGUUCAGAGACAAUCCAAUGUACAACGACAUCACUUGGAUCGCACAACACCCGCAGUGGGCGGGGCACUCCUGACCUCACCUCCUCCUAGAAAGAGAACUCCAAGAAAAACCCCACCACAAGUUCAAAGGUCACAGCCUCAAUCUCAACCCAGCAGGGGUCGCCGUAGCAGCAGUAGCACCAGCAACAGUACAAUGUCCAACCAACCUCCACGGAAGGAAGGACCGCCAGCUGUUAAUGGCUCCUCUCCCACCUUUGGUAUGCCAACCCGCGACAGCCACAUGCUUAUUGACGACAGCGUCAGCUACGAUAGAGGCAUGGAGACCAAAUAUGUUCACAGUCCACAACCAAGCAAAGCCAGAAGAGAUCGCCCCAACUCUGGAUCCAUGCAUGGGCGUCCCAUGACAGCCAUGCCUCAGAAGCGUCAGCCUCAGCAGCCGCCAAACUACCCGUCUCCUAUCCCUGAACAGAUGGGGAAGACAUAUGCCAAACCAACUCUAGAAGCACUGAAAGCACAAGAAAGACUGGGUGAAUGGAAAAAACAAGAUGAUGAUACUUUAUCCACUUCAACAAGAUCUCUGGCAUCAAGCUGCUCUCUAGCAUCUGAAGUACUAGAAAGGGCUCGGAGCAGACGUGAUGAGUUUUGGGGAAAGCAACCUGGAGAAACUGGCAAGGAAAACCGAGCCCGCUAACUGUUUAAUCCCUAAAAUAUGGGGAACUGAAUUUAAGAGCAAAUACCUUUUUAAAAGUUUUUUUAGUUAAAUUAUUAGGCACAGUGGUUUCUUGAUUGUGAAAUUACAAUAUGAAAUACAUGAAAACGAAUGUAUUAUGAUCAAAAUCACUAUAAGUUUGUUUUUCUAGACAUCAUUUUAAAUAGAUUUAUAAAUUAGAUAAUCAAUUGGUGAAAAUAUCAAGGGUAGAUUACCUAUGUAAAAAUUAAACCAUUGCAAAUGUCUAUUGUUAUACGCAGAUUCUCUGGCAUUUUAAAAAAUAUUAGUGAAUGGACACAUUUUUAUUGACCUAGUUUUAGGGUAAGGUCAUGGGUUGAAGCUCCAUGGUUAUUUGUAACCUUUUUAAACAUCAUCAAGAGUAAUUUUUUCUCCACUUUGAACUUUAUUGUUCUUGAUGGUUUCCAUCUAAGGUGUCUGCUGUUGAAUUUUUACUGCAGUAUGAUAGCAUGAUUUAUUUACAAUUAAUCAGUUUUAUUAAACAUUUUUUCCUUCAUUUUGAGCUCGUAGAUAUUUAACCAAUCUGCAUGAAGUGCGUCUUUUACCGAUGUAAAAUUUGUAAAUAUUCUUAUGAUGCAGAAUUAAUACUUUGUCAUAAAGUUUCAGUCUUAGACUGUGAUAUUUUACAGAUUGUUAGUUAUUUUACUUUCAAAUGUCAGUUAUUUCAUCAUGACAUUACACUUUAAUAGAUUACCACCUACAGGAAAUAAUUAAAGUGUUGCAUGGGGUUUGUUAUCUGCAUGCAUCAUUUUUUAAAUUAUUUUGUAUGUGUUUCUAUUUAUUUCAGACUACAUUUGCUCCGUCUCGGUUUUCACCUUAGGUUUUGAACGUUAUUUCAGAUUUCUGAUCUGUCCGUUUUUGUAAUCAUAUUACAACAUAAAUGAACAUGGGUGUAAAAUAAUUAUAUACUUUGAAGAAAAUGCUUUGUUAAUGUUAUGACAUACUUCAUAAUUGAAUUGUUCACAUCCCUACAGGCAGCAUUUUGUAUGGUGAAUAAAGAUGACUUUUUGAAAUAAAGC